GGAGUUAGUGAAACUGCUGUCGGAGCGAAGCUGAAAGCCGCUAAAAGCUCCGAGCUAAGCUAACGACACGGUGGUCGAGCGGCUUCCAGUUUAAAACUGAAUGACCACAAGUGCGGACAUUUGUCUCGCUGAUGAGGAGCCGGCCUUUGACUGUCCGAGUCCACGUGAUCUGUGUGUGUGCGUGUGUCUCUGAAGUCCUCGGUCCCUCUGGGUGAGACUGGCUCUGAGCCAGUCCUCUGUAGAUGAAGAUGUCCCUGGCCCAGCGAGUGCUCCUAUCGUGGAUCUUCUCCCUGAUCUUCCUCAUCAUGCUGGUCCUCAAGCUGGACUCUAAGAUUAACUGGAACUGGUUUAUCAUCUUCCUCCCUGUCUGGACCUUUGACACCAUCCUCAUCCUCAUGCUGAUAGUGAAGAUGGUGGGGCGCUGCAAGCCGGACUUUGACCCCCGCGAUGGGGAGCAGAGCCUGAAGAGGCGGUUGUGGUACCUGACAGCCUUACUGCUGAAGCUGGCCUUCUGCCUGACACUGUGCUCCCGCCUGGAGAGGCUCACUGAAAUGUGGGUCAGUGUGGUGUGUGUCCCUCUUUGGGUGCUGCUGGGUGGGGCACUGGUGGAGCUGGGACACAGUGUCUUCCACUACAGGAGGGAAUGAACCAAAUGACUGUUGAAAUCCAACACAAGUGACAAGACGUUAUGCUCAAGUGUCUCUCUCUUGGGACGCACCAAUCGGAUCUACUGGAUUGGUAUCGGGGCCGACACUGACCCCAUAACGUGGAUCAGGUAUCAGUCAGACAUAUUUAAUACAGUUUCUUUGUCACCAUGAAAUUCACUGCGCCUGCUUCAAGUUACAUUUACAUCACAGCAGGCUGCAGACUAAAGGACAUGGGUAUGGGUAGUUUAGCAUCUUGAGAAUAAUUCCAGCCUCCCCAUAGUUUUGGCAUUCAUGUUGCCUUUUAAGCUCGUCAAGGAGAGUAUGAUUUUUAUUUUACAUUAGCUAGACCUGUACUGCCGGGUAAGACUUUAAGAAGUGGAGUCUGGCAAACAGACGGGCGUGAUCUGCCAUUGUCCAACAUCAGUUACUUGUUGCACUAAAUGUUGGUCUUCAGUUCAGCUUUGGUUGUGGGAUCCUUAUGAACAGUGACAUUAUCCACUGUGUGCCACUAAGCCAUAUUAUACCUGUUUGUAAAAUCACAUCUGAUUUCUAUAAAGAAACCUCACAACUUCCAUGUGUGAUGGUACGUACACACAUGACGCAUUACAUUAUUUGCCAGUACUUUCCAUCCCAAGAUGUCACUGACACAAGUUGAAUGUAAAUCCAUAAUUUUCUCCAACUGUAUAUCAACUAUUGUGGCAUCAAACCUCAUGACCAUCGGUGCAAUAGUCUUCAGUAUUGGACCAACGUUGUCAUCUCUAGACCCAAGCCG